AUGUUCUCUAAGUCCACCCGCACAGCCGACGCUGCAUCCGUCUCGUCCGCGCUUCGUGACAUACUGAGUGCCCUCACUCUAGCCGACUCCGCGCAUCCGUCUCCGGCUGCCUCUUCAUCUUCGGCCUCCGGCGCUAGCUCGCAGCAUGCGUCCUCGACCGAGUCUGACCGCCAGCUCGCCCUGUACCAUUUGAACUUCGCUGGCAUCAGCUUGUGUAGCGAUGCCACCUCACUCUCACUCCACCACGCGUUUCCUCUGUUGCGCCCGCCCAACUCACAGGCUGUGACCGGCACCCUCCUAGUCUCACAUGAUGUCUUCAAUGUAGCGCCGCGCACGCUCUUGGCAUACGCCUUACCUGAAAGCACAACUGUUACUGACGUCUGGCCUGACCGCCUCGCCGAUGACAACGCAGCCGCCAGGUAUUCCAUGUAUCCCCUUCUAGAAGCUGUCCAGGGAGGAAACGCCAAGCGGGCCCCCCUGGCCGCUUUCAACGAUUGGGCUGCCGGUCGUGGGCUUGCUCAUGCCCAUGCACCCCCCAUGGCUGGCCCUCAUCCUGGCCAGCUCUUGACCCAAAUCCCUCAGGAGAUGUUCGACUACAUCGCAACAUACUUGUCACGCGACGACUUCAAGGCCCUUCGUCUGACUUCUCGACUGAUGUGCGCGCGCACGACUGGUGUGUUCUUCAAGACCAUUGUCGUGCCUUUCCGUUCUGGCAUGUUCGGCGAGGAGCUUCGAGCCGAGAUGAAUACCGACCCCGGCAAUGGAGAAAGCAAGAGCACGGCGACCAAUGUCUUCGAGAGAUUCGGCCACCAUAUGCAGAAGUUUGGCGUCAGCUACGAAGUUGACGAAGCCAUCUUGCCCAAGGUGGUGCAGCAACUCCUCACCAGGUCGUAUUGGGGAAGCUACUACUGGCCAGCCGAUCCCAACGAACAUGAGGAUACGCCAGCAUCCGCAGUCGACGAAAUUAUAGGAAUGAAGGGAGCCUUAUCCAAGAUGGAGAACCUGAAGGAGCUUGCUCUGUCGAUCGAUAGCGGUCUUGGCUGGCUUUCAGGCCCAGACAAGUCCAUUCGUUCUCAGAUGAUACACGACCGUGUGGACCUGUUCCCGGGAUCCUAUGGCCUGCCCUCAAGGAGAACACAGGCACAGCGGGAGCUUUGGGACUACAUCAAGUCGCAAUAUGCAGCUCGUGGCGAGCUUCGGCAUCUUGCUCGAUCUCGGCUUUAUAGGUUCGAACGCGCUGAGUGCAUCACCCUACAGGAUCCCACCAUCUACAGUGGAGUACCGAUUGAGCUGCAGUACGUCGACGGCAGGACCCUCAUGGAAGCAAACCCUCUGGACGGCGAAGUGCAUGCCCCCGACGACGAAGUGGCUAAAUUGCCUUCUGCAAACGGCCUACUUGUUACCGCUCUGGAUCGAGAUCCCACACAGUCGUCUUCAUCCUAUCCGGUGCUCCCGGGUAGUUUCACUAUCUCCCAAGUCGGCGCGCUGAUGAGAGUCAAAUGGGGCCAAGAGUCUCUAAAGGACGCGUUCAUCAUGGGUGUUAAAGAAUCGAGGACAUGCAGGGCGGUCAGCAGUCUCAAUCUGGCCUCUUUACCCGGUCGAUACCUGGAUGACUUUGGCCAGCCAGAGUUUUGGAAAGCUUUGCCCUCUCUGGAAACACUCAACGUGAUGGUCAUGGGAGAACAUGGCGAGGUCGAGUACGAUUCUGACUCCAUCUUGCAAUACCACACUGUUCCGAUGUCGAGGGCCGUCGCGCCGUUCAAGAAGUUCCUUAGGGACCGAAUCGCGACGUUGGAAAACAUCAAAACCCUUGGAAUCGGCUGGACAAGCGGCGGUGAGCAUGCGACUGGACUUUGUGGCAGGAACAAUAACCUGCUCCCGGCUCCCUUUCUACGUUCACAGCCGCUACCGACGACAAUGAUGAUGGACGACGUCGUAGUGUUUCCCCAUGUUCAACACCUGACCAUCAAGAACAGCUGGAUGACGGCGAGGGGGGUGGAAUACCUCGUUGAUGCCCAUCGGGAGUGUAGGCUUCGAAAACUAACUCUCGAUUCAGUUUCGUUGCAGGUUCUGCCUCUUAGGUCGGGCGGACAGAUUCCAGAGCAAACUACCAAGGUUUACUUAGAGCAGCAAGGUUCCAACGAUAUCGCGCUCGACUGGCCAUUUAGAGCAUGGUCCUGGCCACAAGUCCUAGAUGCAGUCUCACCAGAUGCCAACUUCGAACUUUUGGGGGAGAUCUCAGCAAACACCAAGGGUCGUGGAGCUCUUGAAGAGCUAGAACUCAUCUCAUGUGGACACAGCACCAUCGAUCAUGCUCUUUGGACUUUUACGGGGUUGGACUUUCAGAUGUUUCAGGAAGUCUACCAGUGGAAGCGUGAACCGUCGAACUCUUACUUCCAGGCACGCCGCUCCGAGCUCGAGCAGCUCAUGCCCAGGGGCAAUGACAGAUGGACUGCUGCAAUCAUCCCGCUCAUACCUCGAACAGAGGCCAACGCUCUCAAGGCUAUUUGGGGAGCCACAAUUGGCUGGCAGGAUGAAGAAUCCACCUUCGCUGCUACUUUGGACGGCUGUCGUCCGGGAGGUACGGGACGCUUCUCCGCAGUCAUUCGCGCCCCUAGGCACUAA